CCUCAGCUCUCACCCCAACAUACAAAUUUCCCGCCAACUACCAAAUAUUAUCACUCCGCCUCCAUAGCAGACUGGGACUACAUGAUGUCAAAACGUCUUCCGCAUAGAAAUUCGCCCAUUGUAUGCAGCCUCCCUUCCCUAGACAAGAUAUCCUGGGAGAUGUAUCAGUUCAUUAACUAUAGAACAGCUGCAGGCAAAAUCCUACCAUGGAAACAGCUAACUUCGCCAGAAUUCUGCUACCGAUUGGCAAGAGGGCGCGGCGUCAUCAGUUGCUUAGUUAAAGGCUCUGCCUAUUAGUCUCUGUUUAUAGGUUCCCCUGCGUUUGUGCUGGUAGGAGAUUGGCUCGCUCUCAACCAAUUAAGCUGUGUUUCUGGUGCAAGUCCCCGCCCUAUUUUUUCUCCUUAUUAUUUAGUGUAAGGUCUGUGCUGCUGCUGUUUUCGAAAAUCACGAAAGACACAAAAACAGCAAAGAGGGAACGGAGCAGCCUCUCCUGUACUGUCUGCUUUAGUCUCUGGGUCACCCCCAUCCAACCACUCCAUUUAUCCAGCCAUCCAUCCUCGGUCGUGUAGCAACCCCUGCGUUUGGAUCAGAUCGGGUUUUGGUAGCCAAGAUGGAAGAAUCCCAGAAUGGUGUAAAAUACGGAGGAGAUGCAACAGAUGCAAAAGAAUAUUUUACAAUUCAACCACGAAGCCUGCAAAACUGUGACCUAAAAGACAUAGAAAGAAAAACUAAGUUUGCUCAUCUCCAGAAUUACAGAACAAAUUACCCAGAGAUGGGAAUGUGCCUCAUCAUUAACAAUAAGAACUUUCAUUCAUCAAACAUGGCCGUACGAAAUGGAACUGAUGUAGAUGCUCUCAAGUUACAUGAAACUUUCACAGGUUUAGGAUACGAGGUAAUGGUUUGCAAUGAUCAAAAGUCUAGUGACAUCAUUGGACGUUUGAAGAAAAUAUCUGAGGAAGAUCACAGCAAGAGAAGUUCCUUUGUAUGUGCUAUUCUGAGCCAUGGAGAGGAGGAUGGUUCGAUCUGUGGAGUUGAUGUUCCUAUACAUAUAAAAAAUCUAACAGAUCUUUUCAGAGGAGACCGAUGCAAGACUCUUGUGGGCAAACCCAAAAUAUUCUUCAUCCAGGCAUGCAGGGGAACAGAGCUUGAUUCAGGCAUUGAAACAGACAGUUGCAGUGAACCACGGGAAGAGAUCCAGCGUAUUCCAGUGGAGGCCGACUUCUUAUAUGCCUAUUCUACUGUCCCCGGCUACUACUCAUGGAGAGACACAAUGAAUGGUUCCUGGUUCAUCCAGUCUUUGUGCGAAAUGAUAAAAUUAUAUGGAUCACAUCUUGAACUUAUUCAGAUUCUGACCUGUGUAAAUCAUAUGGUAGCUCUAGACUUUGAGACUUGUACAAAUCUGGUAACUUUUCAUGCAAAGAAACAAAUUCCUUGUGUUGUGUCCAUGCUCACAAAAUCAUUUUACUUCUUUAAGUAAAGAGAGGAAUUAAAGUGAUACUGACACUAAAAAAUGAAUUUUAGCAUAUGAAUGUACAUUGAGGGGCAGAUUCACUAAGCUCGAGUGAAGGAUUCGAAUGAAAAAUACUUCGAAUUUCGAAGUAUUUUUUUGGUACUUCGACCAUCGAAUUGGUUAAAUUCGUUCGAAUUCGAACGAAAUCGAACGAAUCGAACGAAAAAUC